CGUGAGAACGGUAUACCCAACUAAAUCUCUUGAUUUUAUUUCGACAUUGUAUAUCUCGUAACAUUAUAAUCUAAAAAGGAAAAGUGUUCUCUUUUUUUUUUUUUUCGAUCGAGCGAUAAAAAGUUCUAUUUGUCCGUUGAUCGAAUUAAAAAACGAUAGACCGAAGAAAAAAAAGGAAUAAAAAUAAAAAGAAAAAGAAAAAGAAAAAAUAAAAAGAAAAGAAAAUAAUAGCAAAAGGAAAAAAAAAUGUUUCAACCUUUUUUUUUUUUUUACUUUUAAUCGAUCACAAUGAUCGAUCAUUUUUCUUUCGAUCAUUCGAGGAUAACCGAAUAAUCAUAAUAAUCUUAAAACUUUUCCAUUUCCUAUUUCUAGUGAAAUUUUAAUUAUGGUGUACCCUCGGUGGUUGCGAUUUCUCGAUAAAGAAAGGACAUGCGAUACAAGGAUUCGCGCGUGUAUUUUAAUAAAUGUUUCGAAUGUUUCAGAUCAAAAUUCAAAUGUCAAAAGUAAAAGUGAUACGAUCCUUCUAUCAAAUUAUCAUAACGUUUAAGCUUUUGGGUUUAAGUGUGCUUUAAAUUAAGGAGAAUAGUUCUUCUUCUUUUUUCUUCUCUCCCUCUCUCUCUCUCUCUCUCUCUGUCUCUCUCUCUCUGUCUCUCCCUCUCUCUUUAUUCCACGUUAGUGUUAAUCUCCUGUGAAAAUAAAUGUGCUUGUUCUUCAUCAACUUUAAAAAUUCUUCAAUCGCGGAUCAUCAAGGAUCGUAGAAGAAGAAUAUAAUCGACGAAUUUAUCGAAGAUUUAUCAAACGAAUAUUGAAAUAACGUUAAUUUUCGUAAUAAUAAAAUAUUGAUAUAAUAUAGAAGGAAGCACGAUACGAUUUAUAUUAAGAUUGAAAACUGAUCCUGAAUAUAAAAGAGAUAAUGAUAUUUGAUAUUAUCGUUGUGUUAUCUUAAUGCAAGAUUCUUAGGAAAACAAACUACAGGAGAAGAAGAAUUGGAAUUUUUAAAGGCGCAUCUUUCUUAACUCAGAUUUCAAGAGAGAUUUUCUUAUUAGUACAGUAGCUAAGCGUGUUUGACAAUACUCUUAACAAGACUGUCCAAUUAAUAAUAAUCGUACAAAAUAAUAAAUUCGAGAAGAAAAGGAAAACGAAAAAAAAAAAAAAACAGAACAAAAAGAAAGAAAGAAAGAAAAUAAAAAGGAAAGGGAGAACACGUAAUACCAUUUUCGAAUUGGAAUCGAUUAAAACUACCAAUUAUUCUAUUCGUUAACAAGUUAUUUUAAUUCCGCUCGCAUAAAUCUUAUGAUUUUAUUAAUAUAUAUAUAUAUAUAAUAGAAAACGAAAUGAAAUCAGUUCGAGAUCAUUGAAUCAUUAAAUUCACAUUGAAAAUAUUCAUUAUCAAGAAAAUAUACCCAUAUUUGUUUGCGCAUCGUUUAUUAAUUCGAUUUUAAAAAGAUUCUCAUGAAAAUCGUAUUGGUUUUAAAUGAUAAACUGACGAUUAAGUAAAUAACAUUUGUUAAAAUCUAAAAAGGAGGAAGGAUAUUUUUUCUCACGAUUAUAAUUGAAGAAAAUUAUUUGAGAUAAAGUCUCGGAUAAAAUAUGAAUAGCGUUAAUAAAUUACAUUUGUACAAUUGCACUGCGUCGAUUCUCGAACUUAAUAUAUCUUUGUUAAUAAAAUUAAAUCGUAGCGAGUUUUUAAUCGUCUCCGAAGAAGCUUUAAGAAGAUCGACGCAAAGAGAUGUUCUUCGCGAUGCACUUUCCGAUUGUAUCUUUGGUAUUCAAGAACCACCAUUCGAUCUACCUUGGUGGCAAAAGCUUACAUGGUCGUUGAUAUAUGCGAUCAUUUUAUUAAUUGCAACCGGUGGAAAUAUAAUCGUCAUGUGGAUAGUACUCGCACAUCGUCGGAUGCGUACUGUUACCAACUAUUUCUUAGUGAAUCUCUCAUUGGCAGACCUGAUGAUGUCGUUACUUAACUGCGCCUUCAACUUUAUUUUCCUCCUUAACUCUAGCUGGCCCUUUGGUGCUAUCUACUGUACUAUCAACAACUUUGUCGCUCAUGUGACUGUCGCGUCGAGUGUCUUUACAUUGGUGGUUAUAUCCUUCGACAGAUAUAUGGCUAUCAUGCACCCUUUAAAACGGCACAUGUCACGAAGGAGAACCAUAUUGACUUUGAUUUUAAUAUGGGCAAUAUCGUCCAUCUUGGCCAUUCCCAAUCUAUUAUAUUCCACGACCAAACAGAAAAGAUAUUUAAACGGUAAAACAAGGAUCUCUUGUUUUCUAGCCUGGCCCGAUGGAGGAUACUUGAAUAGUAAAACAGGAUACUUUUACAAUCUACUUUUUCUAAGUAUGACAUAUCUAAUUCCCAUCGUGGUAAUGGCCAUUUGUUACACUCUGAUGGGUCGGAAACUCUGGGGUUCCAAGUUCAUUGGCGAGCUCACGCACAACCAGAAAGAGUCGAUGAAAUCCAAACGGAAGGUAGUCAAAAUGUUCAUCAGUAUCGUCACGAUAUUUGCCAUUUGUUGGUUUCCCUAUCAAGGAUUUUUUAUAUUCGUUUAUCAUUAUCAACACUUUAUACAGACCAGUUAUGUUCAACAUGUUUAUCUCAGUUUUUACUGGCUGGCGAUGUCUAAUUCUAUGGUGAAUCCUAUCAUAUAUUAUUGGAUGAACAAUAGAUUCCGAGUAUAUUUUCAAUUGAUAAUUUGCAAGUGUUGUUGCGCGUUGGAUCGAACGAACGUGAACAGUCCGCAAAUGCGCGAAUUUAUAGAACUUCAUCGUUCCGAUCAAGAACGUUGUCGAUGUGGACGUUUACAAACCACAUCGAUCCGAUGGCGUCAUAGCGGUGGGGAGAGUCACAUUCAAACCUUCAGGAUGAAUUCUCGAUCGACUUACGCAAAUCGUUCUACCAAAGACGACACGGUCAUCAUUUGAUAAAUCAACAAAGAAUAAAUAAAUAAAAAAAAAAAAAUAAAAGUAGAAGAAAACAUGAAUGUGGAUUUAACAAUGAUGAUUUCGGAAACGAUCGAUCUAACGAUCGAUCGUAUUUCAAUGUCCAGAACGUCGUUCUAGAUAUAUUAUCGAUCGUUAUUUUUUAAUAUUCGGAAAACUCAGCGGCCCAACUUUCCUUUUUUUUGAUAAAUAAAUAAAUAUGAACGUAAUAUAUAUAUUGUAAAAGAGUUUGAAACGAGGGCAAAGUGGUAAAUACACGCUACGCCAUUAUUUUCUUACGUGGGAGGACAGAAUUGUAAAAGGAAGAAAAAGAAAAAAGAAACAAGAAAAAAGAAAAAGAAUAAAGAUGUUGGAUUUAAAAGCUUCGCGAGGAUCGAUUCUCAUACAUUAAAAAGAUUUUCAACUGGAAUGUAUCGCGUGUUAUGUAGCGUAUAUUUAUUUUUUUUUCAAAAAGCAAAGACUUUUCAGAUAAAUAGUUUCUCGUUCACACGCGAAAGAGAAAGAGGUCUCUCUCUUUCUUACACACACACACACACACACACACUCAUUCUCCUCUCUCUCUCUCUUUUCUUUUUUCAUUCAUAAAUUAUAAUAAAAUGAAAAAAAAAAAUAUAUGUAUAUAUUUAUAUAUAUAAGCGAGGAAUAUAUCCCCAUAAUCUUUCUACCUCGAAUAAGGAAUAAUCGUUUAGAAAAAUUUGUAUUAACAAGUUUUCUGUGAAUAAAUUCAAUGUAAAUGUU